GUCCUUUUCCUCCUCCCACGUUUGUGGCUCUGCCUGGUGAGAGCUGCUGGGAAAGCAACACAACGGGGCCCAUUCAGUUCUCACUUCUGCAAGGAGAGCAAACAGCAGUGCCGGAGCUCAGCAGCUGCUAGACAGGGCAGGGGACACUUUCCUCUCUUCGACACAUCUUGAAGUCCAGGUACUCCAAAUUCCAGCCACAGGUGCCCUCCAAUAUGGGGCCAUCCUGGGGGCUCCUCCUGCUUGCAGCGGCCUUGGGGGUGACGGCUGCUGCCCGCUGCCCCGCACCCUGUGUCUGCGAUAACCUCCGUGCCCAUGUCCUGUGUCUCAAUGGGAGCCUGACUGCCAUCCCUGACACCAUCCCAGAGCUCACCAGAAAACUAGACCUUCGGGGCAACAGUUUCAUGGUCAUCCCAGCGGGAGCCUUCCUUGCUACCCCCUACCUGACACACUUAGACCUGCAGCAUUGCAAGGUGGAGAGGCUGGAGGAAGGGGCUUUCCGGGGUCUGGGGAGGCUUGUCUACCUCAACCUGGCCUCCAACGGCAUAGCCCUCCUCUACCAGGAGUCCCUGGAUGGGCUCUUCUCCCUCCAGCAGCUCAUUCUGGAGGGGAAUCGCAUUGAGGAGAUACAGCCGGGUGCUUUUGGCCAUCUGGCAUCCCUCACUGUCCUCGACCUGAGAGCAAAUGCUUUGGUCUACCUCCCAGACAUGAUCUUCCAGGGUCUGCAGGUUCUUAGAUGGCUCCGGCUGUCUCACAAUGCCCUCCACGUGCUGGGCACUGAGGCCUUUGCUGCUCUGCCUGCCCUGCGCAGGCUGAGCCUGGACCACAACGAGCUGCAGGCACUGCCUGGCGAGGCCCUUGCCCAGUUGGAUGGGGCUACCCGGCUAGACCUGGGCCACAACCCCAUCACCUACGUGGCCGAGGAAGCCCUGGCCAUGGCCUCGCUGAGGCACCUCUUCCUGGACCACGCCUCCCUCCAGGAUGUGGCACGCGAUGCCUUUGCCCGCAGUCCCCAGCUCCGUAUUCUGGACCUCCGGGAAAACCAGCUGCAGGGGCUGCCACCCCUGGCUGGGGCAGGGGGGCUGGUAAGGGUCAGCCUGGAUGGGAACCCUCUUCUCUGCUCCUGCCUCCUGCGCCCCUUCCACAAAUGGCUGGCAAGGGCACGAGUGCAGGCUGAGGGUGCCUGUGCUGCACCCCCUGCCCUCCGUGGCCGGUCCCUCAACUCCCUGAAGUCCCCUGAGAUGAGAUGCAGUCGCCUCCGGCUACCCCCUAGCCCCACCACACCGCCAGAGCAGCCAAGUUCAGCCAGCAGCAGGCAGUGUCCCCGGGGAUGUGUGUGCUCCCCUGAUUUCCAUCAUGGGUCCUGUGAGAAUAGGGACCUGCGGGAGAUCCCUCGGGACUUCCCUGAGGACACGCGCCUUCUCGACCUGCGCCGAAACCCCUUCAGGACAGUGCCACCGGAUGCCUUUUAUGGCCUGAAGGAGCUGGUGUCGCUCCACCUGCAGAGGUGCAGCAUCAGGGAGCUGCAGCCCGGGGCACUCCGGGGGCUGGAGAGCCUGGUCUACCUGUACCUCACCAACAACCACCUCUCCACGCUGGCAGCUGCUGCCUUUGAGGGGGCCCCGCAGCUGGCCUACCUCGACCUGGACCACAACGCCUUCACCCGUGUACCUGCGGGCACCUUCCGGCUCUUGCCCAACCUCAUCUCCCUCCAUCUGCAGCACAACACCAUCGGGGAACUGGUGGAGGGCGACCUGGCUGGAGCCAGCGGGCUCCGCUGGCUCUACCUAGCUGGGAAUGCCAUCAGGCGCAUUGCCCCGGCUGCCCUGGCUCCCACCAAGAUGCUGGAAAAGCUGCAGCUGGAGGGAAACCACUUGUCAGAGGUGCCCACAGCAGCCCUGCGGGGCCUGCCUGCCCUGAGUGAGUUGAAGCUGUCCCGAAACCCUAUCAAGCACAUGGGGGAUGGUGUCUUCCUGCCAGUGGCCUCCAGCCUGCAGCACCUCUACCUGGACAACAUGGGCCUGGAGCAGAUUUCCCCCCAUGCCUUCACUGGCCUCGGUCCCAAGAUCAGAAGCCUCUACCUGGAGAGCAACAAAAUGAGUAACAUACCCGACAUGAGCAACUUCACGGGGCUGGAGAUCCUCAACCUGCAGGAUGUGCCUUUCCACUGUGACUGCCAUCUCCUUCCGCUGCACACGUGGAUCAACAAACUCAACCUCUGCGUAGGGGCCACCUGUGGUUCCCCUGCAGAAGCCCAGGGGCUGAAGGUGAAGCUUUCCACCACUUUCCAAACUUGUCCUGGCUGGGGACAAGGUGAGGCUGGGGAAACCAAUCCUAACAAGACUAAAGCUGCAAGCAAGCUCAGCAAGAAAAAGAGGUUGGGAAAAUCUCCAGCCAAAGGCUUCAGUAAGAGCAGAGCUUAG